AUGGUUUGCUUUCAUCUAGCUAGACACCAGAUUUCCGGAAAGAAAACAAACAGCAUACUCGAUGCACUUUACUUCACUAUUGUAACAAUGACAUCAGUCGGAUAUGGAGACCUUGUUCCCGCUAGCACUCUCACAAUACUUCUCGCUUGUCUUUUUGUCGUCUCGGGCAUGGUGAUUGUCGGGGUGGUUUUAAGUAAAGCAGCUGAUCUUUUAGUCGAGAAACAAGCACACUUGCUUGUGAAAGCGAUGCACAUGAAUGAAACCAUCGGAACAGGAAUUUUACUUUCAGUUGAGGAUUUGAACUUCAUUAAUGCGUUCUAUUGUGUUGUUGCGACGCUUACUGGACUUGGUUACAUAGAUAAAUGCUUCUCGACAACAGGUGGACGUGUUUUUGCUCUUUUUUGGAUCUUGUUAGGUACUCUCUAUGUAGCUCAAUUGCUGUUUACUUUUGCUUUAUUACACACUGAAAGAAGGCAACGAUCGUUGGUCAAAUGGGUUCUUAAAAGAAAAACAACGGUUUCUGACCUCGAGGCAGCUGAUUUUGAUGGCGAUGGCAUCGUUGUAGCUGCUGAGUUCAUUGUCUUUAAGCUAAAAGAAAUGGGGAAGAUCAAUGAAGAUGAUAUCACACCUAUCAUGGAUGAGUUUGAGACACUCGAUUUUGACAAAACGGGAACGUUGCGAUGCUGGUUCAUACCCAUGUAUAUUAUUCUUUAUUUGGAAACGGUGGAACAAACAUGUAUAUUAUUCCACAUAAAGAUGUUGAAUCAGGGGUGAAACAUUAUAAAAAUUCAAUAAUUACAAUCUUUAUCUUCUUUCA